AAAAAAAAAAAAAAAAAAAAAAACCCAGCCCGAGCGUCACGGACCGGUGCAGCAGCAGCAGCGGCACAGUGUCCCCAUCACGAAGAGAGAGAGAGAGAGAGAGAGAGAGCCGGGCUGAACGGGAAGCAACAUCACUGCCUUUUUCCAUCCAGCAUCUCCACCGACCGACUGCGAACUCGAGUGGGAGCCACACAAGUACACUCCGACUGUCCUCCGGUGUCCAGAGUUCCCCCCCCUCCACCACCUCCUCCUCAAAAUGUCCGUUGGCAGUGACUUUGGGAACCCUUUAAGAAAAUUCAAACUCGUCUUUCUUGGGGAGCAAAGUGUUGGAAAGACGUCUCUGAUCACACGAUUCAUGUACGACAGCUUCGACAAUACGUAUCAGGCCACAAUUGGAAUUGACUUCCUGUCGAAAACCAUGUACUUGGAAGAUCGAACGCCUCCUCAGCUUUCUCUCUCUGAACCCCAGGUGAGGUUGCAGCUCUGGGACACAGCGGGACAGGAGCGCUUCAGGAGCCUCAUUCCUAGUUAUAUACGGGACUCCACCGUGGCCGUGGUGGUCUACGACAUUACAAAUGUUAAUUCAUUCCAGCAGACGUCAAAAUGGAUCGAGGACGUGAGAACGGAGAGAGGAAGUGAUGUCAUCAUCAUGCUUGUCGGCAAUAAAACAGAUCUGGCAGAUAAGAGGCAAAUCACAAUUGAGGAAGGUGAACAGAGGGCUAAAGAGCUGAGCGUCAUGUUCAUAGAGACCAGCGCCAAAACAGGAUACAACGUCAAACAGCUGUUUCGGCGUGUGGCCGCUGCUCUUCCUGGAAUGGAAAGUAUUCAAGAAACAAGCAAAGUAGGGAUGGUCAACAUCAAUUUGGACAAACCGCAGGAGCCCCAGACCACCGAAGGAGGCUGUUCCUGUUAAUACUCAGCACCGUCCCUGGAAAAAGAACAAAAAAACCAUCAUUUACACCACAUGCUUGUUAUGUUGCUUCCCAUUGGUUAACCUGCGGUCGACUUUGCACGUUGAGAAAUCUGGCCUCCUUACCUGAGUGCUACUGGUCAUCGGUUGGAACUAGCAAUAUGUGAAUUUGGUUCUAAAGUAGUGUAGGCUACUUUGUUAACAAAACUGCCAAAAAGUCUUACAACUUGCAAAAAACAAAAAAAAAAAAAAGAAACAGAUGUGAAAAAGAUCCCCAAGUCGCAUAUGUGGAUGGUUUUUUUAAAGUAGACAAGGAUGUUUCCCCAGUUUCUUUUUUGUAUAUUUUUGUAUAUUCAGGGAAAUCUCUCUGGAAAUGUUGUUUUUUUUAAAAGAUGCAAACAACUGAGCUCUGUGUUUCGGGAGCUCGAUAGGAACAGAUGGUUUAAAAUGGAUUUUUAUGGAUCCCAAGCUGAUGUUACUGGGCAAAAAUGUUCCUCCCGAUAAACUCUUACCCAACGUGUUACAUACGCAGCGUAACCAUUUUUAAUCUUAAAGCCCGAGGGCCAGUCGCAGCGCUCCUGCCCAUAACUCCUCUGGGAUCCAUAAUUUUCCGGUAUCUCGACGUCACGGGACAAAAACUGAACGGUAACAUGUUGAGUAUCUAAUGCAUGCCUAGUUUUUCAGCAUAGGUACUGUCUCUACCAGUGUACACAAGUUUGAUCAUGUAAAUGGCAACAUUACACCAGUGACUUAAUGCACUCUGAUAGUCCAAGUCUUUUUGUUUCUGAGAACUGUUGAACUGGAUUUGUAUACUUGACUUCAGAAUAUCUUUUUGUCGUGCGUGUGCGUGUAAAUGUGUGCUUUCUGUAUAGGCAACAUUAGAAUGCAGUCGUAUAGAGGGCCAAUGCCAGCUCGCGUCAUCCUCGCCACAUUACGGCACCGUUAAGGUCACCAUUUGUUUGCAGUAUGUCAUAGACCCCCCCUCCCCCCCCCACACUCCCACCCACAACGAUAUGACAUCUGCUGUUGCAUUGUGUGAUAUCUCGUAGUUGUGAUUAUGAUAGUCUGCACAUACGCUGUAAGUGAGCAGUGGAGAAUCGAAGCCCUUGCCUUGUGUCACAGGGGAACUUGAACACGUGGUUCCCCGUGUGGUGAUCUGUAGACUUUAACGCAGGUUCUGUGAUCCGAACAGACCUUUAACAUUGUAAAUCAGUGCAUUGUUUCAUUCCUGACAAAAAAAGAAGACUAAUUUUGCACAUGUAGACCUUUCAGGUUAAUAUGAAGUUGUGAAAAGCUUCAUUGUAAAUGUACAGUCACUUAAUUCAAGACCUGUCUGAUUGUCAUAGAAACUGUCACGCAACGUGUCCCCACUGAGAUGAGGUUUGCUUUGCUGCUUGUGUUUAAACUGACUACUGACGUUAUGCAAUGUUGUUUCAUUUCUGUUCCUUUUGUUAUUUUGAGCCAGGUAUCAUAAUGUACUGGUGGUGAUGUCAGCCAGUGUUGAGAACACUACUACUGAUUUGUCUUUGAAGUGAAAUCUUACUGCACUUUUGAAGAACAUGUUUUAGAAGUAGAGUGACAAUAUAAGUCUUAGAAACAUGGUAAAAAAAAAAAAAGAAAAAGAAAUCUCUAUCUCCAGAACGAUGGGAGUACUGUGUCCUAGAGUAGACUUUACGAAUUCUUCACACAUGUCCAAAAAGGGGAGCACUCUUGUGAAAACUAGUGAACCUUUCUAACCCACGUAAUGAGCCAAAUAUUAAUAAUACUAAGAGACAGAGUUGGAUUAAAAUAUCACAGGAGAUUCUGACUGGAACACACUGUUUUGUGGGUUUGGGAAUGACAAAGACAGGUUGCAUUUUAAGCUAAACUCCCUUCAAAAUGGAAGAUAAGAUAGUAAUAUAUUACCCCUCUGUGUUGCUGCCUAUUUAUUAUUUCGAAACAGGAAUGUACUGCUCUCAUUACUGACCACACAGCCUUGUAAAGAGAGCACCUUUUUUUGAGAAAUAACUCAAUGGGUAUUUAUUUGACAUUAAUAAUCAGUUAGUGUAGACGUUCCUUUGUAUUUAUUCCCUUUACGUGUUAAAGUAGAGACUUUGCCUCUGUUUACCAUUUUGACAUUCCCUGUAAAUGGACCAAGUAAUGCAACAAACGUCUUUGCAUGUCAGGCGGGUGGGGGGUUCUGCAUUUGAGGACGGAGGCCGUGGCCAUUCCCGGGGGUCGGAGGGUGGAGGUGUGGGUGUAUGUUCUGUCACAGCUCUGUGCAGCAAAACCUGAUCCAGUCCAGAGCUGGCUCUCCAUUCACACUGUACAGAGAUCUAGCAUGUCUCUCCAAAUGAUUAAUAAAGAUGUCUUAUUACCAAA